AUGCUUUCUUUCGCAUACCUUGUGUGCGGACUAGGAGCUUUCUUGCCAUUAGUCGCUGCCAAUCCGGAGGUCAUCCAACGAGAUGUUGUGAUCAUUGGUGGAGGUGCUUCGGGUGCCUAUGCUGCCGUCCGCUUGCGCGAUGACUUCAAUAAGAGCAUUGCGCUGAUCGAGAAGGAGGCAAGGCUGGGCGGUAUGGUCGACACAUAUGUUGAUGAGAAAACUGGCGCCAUCUACGACUACGGCGUGGACAGUUUCCUCAACAUCAGCAAUUCGAUGGACUUCUUUGCCCGGUUUAAUAUUCCGGUCACCACUAACUCGACUACUUCCACCGCAACAACUGAGUAUUUCGACUUCAACACCGGCAAAGAGGUUGGCUUCAAUGCGCCGUCGACAACUAUCCAGAUAGAAGCUAUUGCAAAGUUCCUCAAGGUGAUCGAGCCGUGGGAGUCGAUGUUGCGACCAGGUUACUGGAAUUUCCCUGAGCCCAAAAGCAUCCCCGCGGACUUCCUGAUCACCUUCGGCGAGUUUCUCACCAAGUAUGGCGUUGAGAAGGCCGCGCCUCUCAUGUACUCAACAACCGGUCUUGGUGUGGGUAACAUGAGCGAGGUCGCAACCAUGUUUGCGCUGCAAGCAUUUGGAUGGGACAUGGCACGCGCCAUGGUUGGCGAAAUGGCAUUGUACAAGCCGGUUUCCGGCGGUAACCAGGCUCUUUAUAACGCUAUCGAAAAAGACCUUGGCGAUGAUGUGUUUUAUUCCAGCACAGUGAUUGAGAGCAGUCGCUCCGACCACGGCGUCUUCCUCACCGUUCGCAACCACAAGACGGGCGAGCUCACACGUAUCGCUGCGCGUCGCCUCCUCGUCGCCAUCGAGCCCAGCGAAAGCAACAUGAAGCCUUUGGACCUUAGCCCCUCCGAGUGGAAUACCUUGUCCAAGUUCGAUUUCUCCAACGAAUAUUGUGGCUUGGUCGACAACGCCGCUUUCAACACAAGCUACCUGUAUUCUAAUCUACCCUCCACUGCUGCUCCAAACCACUACCUCGUCUUCCAGAAUGAGCCUAUGGUCCAAAGCUUCGAAUACAGUGGCCUUGAUCACCUUUUCCGUGUGAUGAUCAUCGGUAACAAAACUACCACGGCUGCUGAUGCUAAGGUUUUGGCCCAGGAUAGCUUCAACACACUGCUGAAGUCCGGACGCCUGUCCGGCUCAACUGAGAGUCAGGAGCUGAGCUGGGCUGCAUUUGCUACCCACGGACCUAUGCACGCCCGAGCGAGUGUCGAAGAUGUCAAGGCUGGUUUCUACCAGGACCUUUAUAAGCUCCAAGGUGCUCGGUCGACUUGGUGGACUGGUGGAGCUUUUUCGGUGAACUUCCAGACUACGCUUUGGGAGUUUGAUGAAGGUCUUUUCCCUAAGAUCCUCAAAGGACUUUAA